AUGCCGCCCCAGCUCCCACCACCACCCCAUCUGCUGUGGCGGCCAGAGUUUGGGCCGACUGCCCCAGCUGGGACCUUACAUUGGAGUCAAGAAGAGAAGAUCCAGCACUUCCCUGCAAACAAAUCUAGCCGCAACCUGCAGGAUGACCUGAACGACUUCCUGGCCCUCAUCCCCCUCGACGAAAUCGUCAACAUCGUCCUAAACUACGUCGCCAACGGCGGUGAAGUGCAGGCCGCCCUUCAGUACCUCGUGUCUGAGGAGUUCGAGAGCACUGUCGUCUUUGGCGACCAGCAGCCCGAGCUGUACGAUGUAAGCAUCACUCCAUUUGACACGUCAGAAAGCUAUGAGCUGCUCAACUUCCUCAAGGACUCAGGCCUUGACCCCUACGGAUUCAUCAACAUGGUCCACGACUUCCUCAGCAUUCCUCAGAUACGAAACCCGCCAGCCGAAUGA